AGUUCUCGUAGGUUACACAGUUCUUGCGAAAAUGACUCAGGCGUAGUUAGCAUAGCUGUUUAUCAUACAUCAAAACUACAUGCGCAACCUUUAUCCCCGCAUUCAAACAGCCAUCUGCAAGCAUGCUUCCACGAUUUAUUUGCCUCCUUUUAUUAUGGGGUUCUUCAUGCUUUGGAUUUAAGAGUUUUCAGCAGCGGAUACCGAAUGGGGACAUGGUGCCUCAUUCAUGCAAACCAAAUUUUUUGUGGCAUGGAUUGGGUCAUGAGAACGAAUUGGGGGGUGGGGCGAGAAACUCUUUCGGGAUGGAUUUCGCUGCCGCGGGUUUGAAAUGGACCAAGGAACUUUGUGAGAAAGACUCGGAUGGCGACGGACGAACGAACGGACAAGAGCUCGGUGACCCGAACUGUACUUGGAAAGAAAACUCCACCCCAGAGACAAACCAAGGCCUCUCACAUCCAGGAGUUUGUGAGCCCCACGACAGUGACUUGUGCAAACCGAAGAAUACGUGGCUGAAUUGUGAACUUGAAAGCUUCAAAUGCGAUGCAAUCAAGAGUCCUGAGGUGAAGAAUGUUACCAUUAGAUUUCCAAAUACAUCAGUACCCAACUUUGAGACGAACUAUUUUUGUAUGACCUUUGACCUCCCAACUGAUGGGGAUUACCACGUCAUUGCAAUGACCCCUGUGAUUGAAAAUAAGAAUGUGAUGCAUCAUAUACUGCUUUUUGGAUGCGAUUCAGAUAAACAGGGCGAAGCCAGUGGGCCAACAGCAUGCGAGAUGGGAUCCGUCCAGUGUAACACGUUGUUUGGGGCCUGGACGGUGGGGUCAGCAGGUCAAUGUCUCUACCAUGAAGCAGGGAUCCGGAUUGGCCAGAAAGGGAUUAAAAGGGUCUUGAUGCAGGUGCACUGGAAUAACCCAGAGAUGCGUGACGACUACAGCGACAGCUCGGGCAUGACGUUACACUACACCCCAAAGCUGCGUCCAAAUUCAGCUGUCAUGCUGAUGGUGGGACAAUGGUACCUCGAAAUACCCCCCGGGAGAGAAAGGCACGCGGAAUCUGCUGUCUGCAGCAAAGAGGACACCCAUAGACUUCUGACGGGACCCAUUAAGAUCGUCCGUGCUCUCAACCAUAUGCACUAUCUUGGUCGCGAGGAAUCGCUAGAGAUAAUACGAAAUGAAAAGCGGAUAGCGUAUGUAACAAAUGAAACCACUUACAGCUACGAUAGACCCAAAUUUGUCACGAUAUCUCCACCUUUGGAAAUUCAACCCGGGGAUGAAAUAAAAACAACGUGCGUGUUCAAAUCUAAGAAUAAAAAGAAAACAACCUUCAGUGGCAGGGGAACUAGCGAUGAGAUGUGUUUGGGAUUCAUGGUUGUUUUUCCCGCCGAAAACCUCCUUUCCCGCACGUGCACAACAUGGAGAAGUCUUUCUUUAACAAAACUUUAUCGAGAUUUGAAUCCCUACGGUUGCAACAUUACGAACUUUUUUAACCUCUCUCAUCCAGACACUCGGCCUCUUUUAGAAAAGCUUGAGAACAAUUGCAAACCGUUUUCCAUUUGCUUAGAGGAAUGCAAAGAGGUGGUGAAAGAAGUCCGGAAACAUCCCUGUUUGAGUGGAGAUGUCGGGAAAUAUAUAGUACACAGGGCAGCACAGAUGUUCAACGGUGACUUCCCCAGGUUCUUGUCCUUGCUUCAGUCAUGUGAUGUAGAAAUGCUGAAGGACAAGCAGGUCCAGAGACUGACCAACAAUAACGAAAGCAGCGGAAGUGUCAGUCCGCGGAGACAUUUGGAAUUGAUUGUGUCGUUUCUUUGUGUUACUCUCAUCCUUUUAAUUUAGAUAAUAUACAGUAUUCAAUAAUGUAUCAUAUGCAUGAAUGUUUUGUAUGAUAUUGUAUAUCGAAUAAAUGUAGAAGUAGCUACAUGUACGGGAAUUGGGUUUAUCCUGAGUAUAAACAGAUAAACGGGCGAAGAUCGUCCUGUCUUACUUCAGUGCUGUUGUCUCUGACUUCAAUUGUUCAUGCAUAGAAUGCAAUGUUUCUAACGCUUGUUUGCUUUUUUAAAUAAAUGACUUGUAAAGAA